GAUUCGAUGAGUUGGGAUGUACGAACGGAACGAGCGCAAUCGCCGCCGUGCCAUUGCACUGUGGACCGCGAACGGACACGGAUUCACCGCCAAUCGAGGGUUAAAACGCUGUGGAUUGACAUAGAUGCACGCUGGAUGUUCCUCACGUGUGUAUAAACCUGCGUGCGCCUAUGUGUGAGUGCUGGUCGAAGCCUUCCUCCACCAUCUGGAUUUGGCCUUACGAGGGAAAGUAAUCCGUGACAUAUAGAGUAUCUGGCUCAAGGAUAUUAUCGAUUUAGACCGGCUUCCGUUCGGCCAUAGCUGAGGAAUUCCCGUACCUCGCGACAUGGAUUAACCAUCGAAAUGUGUCUGAUUCCUACGAAGAUUCCGGUGAAGCGAUGAGGUGACCGGUGAUUCCUACCAGGCCGUCUCCAUUCAGAGACGUCCAUGGCCAUGGGGGACCCCAGCAGUACCGUGGCUUUGUACUACCUGGGCAGCGGGGAGGUCUGCAGUCCCCUACCGGGCAAGCAUGUCGAGGGCCUGGUCCACCUCCUCCUCCUGCGCCACCUCCGAGAGGAGAAGGCCUCGGAUGGUACCGAGGGACUGCCACCUCCUGGUAGACCCCUCGGGGAGACCUUCGGCAGGCGCGUGGACCUCCUUCAGAGCGGGGACUCCAACGGUCUGCGGGCGGUGGACCACGAGACGGGCGUGGCCUUCAUGGGGUGCAAGUGGUACGCGGUGGGGCAAUGCUCGGUGAGCUCCACGCUGCGACAGUGGUUCACCAUCACGGUCGGGUAUUCCGAUGACAAAGAGUGGACCUGCUACAUCUUCAGUGCUCCGUCAAGACGGCAGGCCAGGCGUAUGGUAGAGGUGAUAGCGAUGAGAAUGGACGGAGUUGACCCGAGCACCAAGGAUCUACCGUGUCGACGUGCGUCCCUUCAACCCACCCUCCUCAGCCACCGCCGCUCAACUUCCCUCGCUCCCAAGGCCUUGCUGUCAGGCGACGGCAGCAGCCGAGUCGAAUUGAGAAGCCCCCUCCUGAGCUCCAGAAACCUCCCUUCCAGGCUGCGGAAAGCCUCCUUGUCCAAUCUGAGAACCAUCCCCUGCAUUACUGCCCUGACCAUCAACAUGUCUCUGCUGGUGAGGCAACUCCAGUCCGUGACCGGCAACCCGAAUGUGGACGCGGACGUUUUGCGAAUGGCCAUCCUCUUCAACGAUGUAGCCACCGUGUCGCGGGUGCUCCACACCCACUUCAACCUCUUCAAUGUCAACUACGACGUGGUCGGGCCGGGGACCAGCAAGGCCCGACCUCGGAGUGACAGUCUGACCGUCCAGGUGUUGCUGAAUCAGAGCACGGCCCUCAUCAGCAAUUGGGAGAGGAGUCAGGAGGACGGUACCCACCACGACAAACCCAAACCGUGUGUGUUCACGAACGCCUUGCAUCUCGCUAUUGCCUGCGGAUCGACCGAGGUGGUUCGCCUGCUGGUGAAGUGCGGUGUGGAUCCCAACUGCCAAGGGGUGGAAUUGCCAGAAGACCUCGGCCUGUCGUCCUGUCAACAGACCAACGGUACGGACCCAGACGGGUUGCAGUACUUCGCUAACCAGAUCAAGACCGUCCGGGAGUGGUUCGUCAAGCCGGCUGUACAUCUCGCUACAAGGAUGGCAAACUGCCUGAUCGUCAAGACCUUGCUGCGAUACGGCGCAGACCCAGAGGCUGAGGACUCCCGGGGCGCCACGCCGCUCCACGUUGCCGCUCAGGCCCCUCUUGAGCGGUGGGAAUGCGCCGCGAUUUUUAUCGAGCACGGCGCUAGGAUAUUCAAGGCCGACAACAGGGGCCAGCGGCCGGUCGACGAAGCCCCCGGACUGGAAGUACUCCAACAGAAAGUGGUCCAGGAAACCCUGGAUGUGUUUUAUCCCGACAAGGGUCCUGACGAUCCCGAAGAAGACGUCCUGCAGCAGAGAAUCAACUCGGUCCGAGACAACCGCAAGGUGUCCCUUGGGCUCCUGGCCUUGCCGCGCUUCGUGGCCAAAGUGGCCCGGUCUCGAUCCCCGAGCGCUCGAGACCGCUGCGCCACGGUCUGCAUCCCACAGGAGGCCAACGCGGAGAGGGAGACGCCAGAGCAGAUAGCCGCAGUAGAGAAGCGAAGCCGGAAGAUGAGUCUUGGGCUGUGGCACUGGCUAGACCGACGGCGAAGGUCUAGAGAGGAACCGGUGAAGAGCGAGCAGGACCAUUCGGAUUCCGUCCCGGCCUCUCCCAUCGAGAAGAUGCCACAGCCCGUUGCGAGUGAGCCAAAAUUGAGUAGAUCGAGAACGCACACUCUGGAUGAUAUUGAAGAAGAUGCUUGUUGCGAGACAUUUGCCGCCGAGAGGAGCAUUCAGAUCGCCCAGCGACUGUCAGCCAAUCGGGAAUGUCUUCCGCUUCUACUGGAGUAUCUGCCCGUGUGCCUUCCCAAGCUUCAACCCCUGACGACCAGCCUUGGUGGGCAGAUUGGUCUCGGCGUCGGCAAAAUGCUCCGGAAUAUACUGCAGGCGUGCACGGCGCCGGCUGCCGGGGACGGGACCUUAGAAGGACUGGAAGCAGACGGUAGUCACCAUGGCAGCGGGUCUCUGGAGGGCAUCCGUGGGGAAAGGCUCGGUAAACUGUUCCGCAUCGCCCUGCAGUUCGUCCGGUGCGGGCAAGGCGUCCGAGACGCGGCUCUGAGCGUCGUGAACACUGUGCUCAAGCUGCAUCUCAAGAUGGAGGAGAGCCGGAAUUCGUGCAGCUUCGCCUGCAGCCCGAAGAAACCCAGCCCCGGGGCGGACAACGGGACACCCAAGCGCGCCCUGAGACACCCGCAUGGCCAAUCGGGCGAACACCUCUCCGUAAGCUUCAAUCGAGGAGUAAACUCAAAGGAAAGCGAAGCCCAGUCUGCCCCGACCAGCCCAUCCCUAGACCGGAUCCGGUUGAAGGUAGACGGUCACCAGCAGCCCAAGUCCGCGUCUCCUGGACUGACUAGGAAGCCCAGCUUUCGCUACAGCUCCAACUCCUUCUACGCCAAGCGGUUAGUGCUCCGGAAGAGUGUCCAUUCCAAGCUGGGAAAGUUUGCCCGGAGUAUUGGCCGAAGCGCCAAGACGAAGCAGACAUCCUCGCAACCGGCAGCACGCAGCGUGGUGCGGCUCUUGACAACCGUCGACAUAGACAUGUUGUUGGAUUGUCUCCAGAGUGUCUCCAAGUCGUCUGACUCUGAAGAGGAGUCUUCGAGUGAGAAUGAGAAGUCCUCUCCUGUGAGGUCUCCAGCGGAAGCCGGCCCAACGCAAGUUAAGCAAGCCCAGAGGCUGGCAGCCAGAGCUCUGUUGACAAUCGCGAGCUUACCGUCCACGCGUCGCGCGCUCAUGCGCCCGGAAUAUUUGUGGAGAUUGUUAGCUGUUCUGGAGCCGACGUGUGAUCAGGACUUCCUGUGCCUCGUCCUUCAAGUCGUUGAGGUCCUCGUUCUGGAUCCAACCAACCACGUGGCCUUGAUGUCGGCAGGAUUGGCCCAACGGAUCGACAAGAUUUCCCGCCAUUUUGAUCGGGCGUGCGCGUCAGACGAACAAUCUCGUACCUUUGGAGCUCUUUUGGUGCUACACAUGACGCGGAUCCGGGUAUACAUGGGGCUUCUAGAUCACAUCGACCACAGGAUGUCCAAAAGCCUACUGGGCAUGGAAGCUGAAGUUAGGUCGUCCAAAGAUGCUUAUACGGACGGGAACCCCGCCAGCCCGAUCCAUCGCGACGCCGGCACGGCCAAGGGGAGCGACGGCCGGGGCCGCGCCAGCUUGUUGCUGAAGAUGCCCACCGCGACACUCGAGACACUGGUUGCUAUGGCAAUUGGGCAUCGUCCCUGCACGGAAGGCGCCGACAGGGACUGCCGGUGUCAUUCACAUCCAGAACCACAUGCCAACACCCGCCAUCACCCGCUGAAGAACCCACGAUGCAAACCCUCUGGCCGCUGUCGCUUCUGUUGCUUCCAAGACACUCUCUUGGAGACCCUGCCCAUGAGUGUUCAUCCCGUCAUCCUGCUGCGUGUCUUGGAGCAGACCCUCCUCUCGACGCUACGCAGCCCACGGAAUGGGAUGCAGGAUGAAGCUGAGGCAGCCCAGAACAACAACAAUCUGCAGACAAAGAUCCUCCUGAUGCUGACAAGAUGGCUGGACACCAUUCCGGAAGAUUUCCACUACAAUCCUUUCAUCCGCCGGGAAGCGUCACUGCUGAUGCGACGGCUCCCGCCCCUCAACGAGCGCUUCCAGCCCCUCAUCAAGAAGAUCCAGGGCAUUCUGACCUCCUUGUCCGAGGCCCCUCCACGGCUGAAGAGGACGCCGGACAAACCGUCCCACCCACACCAACAGCAGCAGCAUCAGGACUUUCCCAAGCACAACCCUAGCAUCUCCUCCACAGAGAGCCUUCGCUUAGCCUCCCACACCCCAGAGCAGGAGGACACCGCCUCCGUGGGCUCCAGCUUCUCCCGGCCAGGCAGCCGGUCGACCGCUGUUACCAGCCCGCUGAGCCGCUUCAAGAGGAACGCCUCGUUGAACUCUCAGGGUUCCAGUUGCUCCUCUGUCAGCGGUCUGCAGAGCGUCGGAGGCCUGCCAACUGCGAUGGUCAAGAAAGGUAGCCUGGUGUAUGGGGAAGACCUGGACCAACUGUAUCAGAAGCUGAACCGUGAGAUUAUUGAAGAGCAUCUGCCAUGCAGCCAGGAAGAUGCAGUGAAACUAGCCGCUCUCCAGCUGUUGGCUGAGUCACCGGCCCACCACACGCCGACCACACAUGCCCGGCAGCAGGGCCAGCAACCCCACCAUUACCACCACCACAGCAACCCCAACCAGCCGGCAUCCACCACAAGGCAACCAGCCAUGGGCCUGCCCACAGUCACACUGGAUAUGCCCGCUGAAGACAUUGAGACCCCAAUCAUCGACGACUUUAUCUUGGAGGACGAAUUUGGCCGUCAGAGCCCCGUCCCAGAUGGUGAGACUCACCACGGCCUGCACCAAACUCCUCUUCCUCUUCACCACACUCCCCUUCCUCUUCAUCAUCAUCACUACAGCCAGAGCUCGGAUGACAGGUACGACAUCCCCAAGACCUCCGGAUGUCAUAAACCCAGCCCUGAUAUCAUCAGUGAUGAGGACAGCCCAUUACCGUGGACAGGCGGAGCGGUAUCUCGAGGUGGCCCCAACAUAAUCGUCACGCACUCCAGCAACAUUCCAGAGGAUGCGGCGGACAAACUCUGCUUGGAGAAAGUAAAGAAAUGCCUGCCGCACGGCUACAGUAAUGUCCGGGCCGUGCAGAAGUCCGCCAAGAGGUGCUUCCAGUGCUACUCCGGCGCUCUGGUGGAUGUACGGGACCCCAGCGAGCGAGGUUCAAGGGCAAAGCAGAUGUACGUGGAGUUCUGUAAGCAGCUACCAUUGUAUGGAAGUAGAAUGUUUCACGUGAAAGAAAUGGCGGGGAGUCGACUUAAAAAGAAGGCUCCUCGCAUCCUGUGCAUAGGACCCAAAGACAUCUCUCUGCUCCACCCUUCCUCCAAGUCAGUCCUGCGCUGCCACCGCACCGCCUUGCUCCAGAACUGGCACAUCGGGGCCUACCGGCACGGCAUCAGCCAGCUGGUCUUGGAGUUCCAGGGCAACGCAAAGUGGGCCGUCCAGCCGCUGACGUUCGUGGAGUUGAAGGCCAUCUGCGCCAACUUGACGGCCGUCAUGCAGAAGACGCAGGAGAACGGGGACGUUAACGGGGAGGUGCCGGCAAAUGAGGGGUCUCCUUCCACUCUGAACAAAACUGGCCAAGAUGUCACCCGCAUUUUAGAGACCCAGACGUCGCUAUACCUGGAAGAAUUUGAGUGCUGUCGCAAGCUGCUGCACUUUCCCGAGGAGGUCGCGCUCAUCCUGACUGAGACAGAGCACGCCCUGUUCUGCGAGGUGCCGCCGGCCAGCUACGUCAGGCAGGUCACCAACGGCCGCAGCCAGGCAAUGGAGUUUGUGAACGGCGAGGAGACGGGGAGCAAGACCGUGAGGGACUUACUGCUCCGGUUCAGAGAGGUGAGCGACUGGGUCACUGAACUCAUUGUAACCGAGGGCGAGGAGAACAAGACAACACUGCUCAUUAGUCUGGUGCAAGUAGCCAACGCCUGCUGGAACAUGGGCAACUUCAAUGCGGUCAUGGAGAUACUAGACGGCCUCAGGAAUUUUUUCGAUUGCUCCAGGUCCAUGUUGGUCCGGCCGCUCUUCCAGGGCUCGGACGAGGGGGACGUGGAAGCCAUGAUGGCCCUGUACGAGUCCAUCAACAGCAACAGCAUGGAGUACCGGGACGCUGUGGACCGGGCCAUCUGCAUACCGGGCUGCAAGGUGGUGCCGUACUUUGGCGCUUUCUUGCGAGAGCUGCAGAGCAUUUACGAGGAGAAUUCUCCCGUGGUGGCUGUUCCUGACUCCACAGACAAAGAUUCUGAAAACGGAACCCCAAAAGAUGCCACUGUAGAAUACACUGGUGGUCUGCUCCACACGGAAAAAAUGAUGAGAACACAUUGGGUGCUGACCGACAUCAGAUUAUGCCGAAAAGCAGCUGAGAGAAACAACAGCAUGGAGAAAGACACUGACAGUGAAGGCAAAGAUGAUGAUGACUUAAAGUCAACUGGCAAGACGUCUUACAUCACUUGCGAUGAUCAAGAGUAUCCCUACGAUCCGAUCCACCCCGUCCCCACCCCCCACCAAAUCGAGAUCAUUCCACAUCACCUGCUAGAGAGGGACAUACACCUCUUGCAGUGCAUGCACCACGGCACCACAGCCAUUCACUGGGACGAGGAGAAGUCGGCUCUGUGCCAGCUGCGUCUGGAUCCCACCAACAGCCUCCUGGUCUGGUCCAAGACCUCGCCAGCCGGGGAGGACACGGAGAGCUCCUUGGAGUCUGUGCUGAGCAGCAAGUACAGCUCCGGCACCGUGAUAGCCAACGGUCUCGAGGAAGGCUACCUGGACCUGAUGAGUGCCAAGGAUGUCUUCUUGGGGGACCAGGAGGUGGACUUUGGGGCUAUGUCCAAGCGCCACAACCUCCCGGGGCUCAGCCCCAGCGAGAACGCCUUCACGGUCUUGUACGGCGGUGGCAUUGCGGACAACAGACUCUUGCAUUUUGUGGCGCCCAAGAAGACCGUCUUGCUGUGGGCUUACGGCCUGCAGGCCCUGAUCAGGGCUAUCAGGAAACACCGGAUGUUUAAUGCCGAUCGGAGGAUUGUCUGGCUGCAGCGAGAGUACCUGAACUUGUUCUUUGAAGAUGGGAAGUGUGUUGGACCAACUCCUCUGGAAGCUAUCAAAGUUUUCGGUGGCAGGAACCUAGCAAUGAAGAAACUGCCGAACGAUCGGAACCAGAAUGCCGACUCUGGGUCCACGCUCAACAAACCGUCGACGGGGUUCAGCACACCGACCAAGAAGAUUGUCAUCAAGCAAAAAUCUCUUGUUGCUCAGAAGGGCUCUGACGAUGCCAAGCUAAGAAACCGAGGUCGCAAGACUCAGAGUUUCAAGAAGAAGGCCAUGAAGAAAGUCCAGACGCGCUCCGCAGCCAGCGAGGCCUUCCACGGCUCCAUCGACAUGGACGAUUCACCGUCAUCAAGCAUGGAUAUACCGGACGGGUCUCGGACGACAAACAACGACGACAGCGGUAUAUCUGAACCGAAUGAGUCGGCACCUGAUAGCAAAGAUUACGACUCAACGUCAGUCUCUGCCUCCAUCAUCACAGACCGGAGCCGGACUGACUCCACGCGUAGCUCCACCAAGAGCCGGACUGAUUCCAGCUACAGUGAGCUGGGCCAGGACAUUCCGUUGUCUUACUAUGCCCGGAAGAAGACCCAUAACGUCUCCACCGCGGGAACCCAGGGCCUGCUGACUAUGAACUCCCAACUCACCUUCGCCGAGUUUGUGGAGUUGUUCAAGUCUUUCAGUCUGCGUUGUAGGAAGGACAUCAAGGACAUCUUUGACUCUUACUCCAAAGCCUACUCCGCCAACAAGGAGCAGUUACCGGCAAAGAGUGAUGACGGUGAAACGGAAUACAUGCAGGGAACCAUGUUCAGCUUGAGCAGGAACAUGUUCGUGGAGCCUCUCACCGACAGCAACCGGCGCGUUGCCGACGCCAUCGCGGCCUCCAGCGUCCAGGCCAACAGCACCGGUGUCCAGACGGUGACCACCCACGUGAUGGGCGCCGAGGAACUGAAGCAGUUCCUGAGCCGGGAACAGGAGGAGGAUUUGGAGGAGGACGCCGUCUUGAGAAUCAUCCAGCGCCAUGAGCCGACGGCUUCCGUCAGAGACCAGCAGUGCCUGUCUUUCGAAGGCUUUGCCCGCUUCAUGAUGGAUAAAGAGAGCUAUGCCUUCAACAACGAGGAGCGUGCCUACAAACAAGAGGAGCAGAAUCAUCCACUGAGCCAUUACUUCAUUGACUCCUCCCACAACACCUACUUGACAGGGCACCAGUUAAAGGGUGAAUCCUCCGUUGAGAUCUAUGCACAGAUUCUACUGACUGGCUGCCGGUGUGUUGAGCUUGACUGCUGGGACGGCGAUGAUGGUAGUCCAAUGAUCUACCACGGUCACACACUGACAUCCAAGAUCGUCUUCAAGGAUGUAGUCGAAGCCAUCAACAGGGCAGCGUUUGUGACCUCGGACUACCCCAUCAUCCUGUCCAUUGAGAAUCACUGCUCCCUGCCGCAGCAAGCAAGGAUGGCCCAGAUCUUCUUGGAUGUGUUUGGGGAGAAGCUUGUGACUAGAUUCAUGUGUGAGACAGACUUCAGCGACGACCCCCACCUACCCAGCCCGGAGCAACUCCGUGGGAAGAUCCUGGUCAAGAACAAGAAGAUCAAAGCCAACCAGUUACCCCCGGAGCUCCUCAAACACAGGAUGAUGCAGAUGGCAGGUGAGCAGAAGAGCCAGUGGGGGGCGGAGCUAGCCGCAGCCACCGCCUCCAUGGGGGACAUCUCCGAAGAAGAGGAUGAUGAGUUUGAAGAUGCGUAUGAGGAUGUCCUGCCAAUAGACGAAACUAGCGGCGAGGGUCCGGAUAGCAAGAGCGGCACGUUAUCCAGAAUGGAGUCAACGGCAACCGAUAUAUCAGAGCUGUCUGACGAUCCCUCCAAGUCCAUCUCCAUCAACAACAACAACACCGCCAAUGCCAAGACCUACACUUCGCAAAAGAGUAAGACAAGCACCAUAUCGUCACCCAUCGGGGCCGGCGAAGACAUGCACAAGAUGGUGCAGGCCAAGCACAAGAAGAAGAAGGAAGGUCAUCAGAUAGCUGCCCAGCUCUCUAACCUCGUCAUCUACACCCAGGCGGUCAAGUUUCCUGGUUUUGCAGAGCAGCCAGGCUCCAGUAAAGACAAGACUAGUAAAAACCGAGAGAAGGAACGUAAAGGAAGCACGUCCUCCAACGCCUCCAUUCCAGGCAGCCCCGCCUCGUCGGUCAAGGAGCUCAGCUUAAGCAGAGGCGAAUCGUUGGACAUGGAUCGAGGCAUGUCGGACAGUCUUCCCUCAGAUCAGAUCACCAGCCUUACACAAACACCCAAGUGCUACCACUGCUCCUCUGUCAACGAGAACAACCUCAAGAGAAUGUUCCGCAAGUUCCCUGCCCAGUUCAUCAAGCAUACCGAGUACCAGUUGAUGCGGACCUACCCAGCGGGCAUGAGGAUAGACUCAUCCAACUACAAUCCUGUCAUUUACUGGGCAUUUGGAAUUCAGAUGGUGGCUCUCAACUACCAAACAGAAGACACCAACCAGAUCACCAACAAGACCAUGUUUGAGCAGUCCGGUAACUCCGGCUACGUCCUCAAGCCAGUCAACCUGUGGGAUAAGACUAACCCUCUCUUCCAGCGCUUCAACGCCUACGACAAAGUCUUUGAUGGACUGCAGGCCAAAGAGUUGACCAUUUCUAUUGUCUCGGGCCAGUUCCUGUCCACCACCAGCCCCAACUCCUCCUACAGCAUCGAGAUCGAGACCAUCGGCAUCCCGGCCGACUGCGCCAAGUGGAAGACCAAGCCCGUCUCCCGCAACGCCGUCAACCCCAUCUGGGACGAGACUUUCACAUUCCAAAUCUACUACAACGAGAUUGCAUUCCUGAGGCUGAGCGUGGUGGACAGCGGGGGGAGCACCGUGGCCCAGCGGCAAGUUCCCCUCAAGUGUCUCAAGACAGGUUUUCGGCACGUCCGGCUCCGCUCGCCUCAAAAUGUCCCUUUAGAGCUGGCCUCACUGUUUGUCUUCACUCGCCUGGAGGACAUGAAGGACAUGUCGGACAAGACCAAACUCCUGGAGGCUCAGCAGAAGCGCCAGAUGCUAUCCAACAUGGUCUACUAUCACAUCGGCCGAGAGCGCAGCUCCAAGAUGGAAUUCAUCGAGGUUGUUGAUGGGGCUGAGGUCAAACGGGAGGCUCAUCCUGUCAUCAUAUACGGCAUUAUACUCCACGACCAAAGCACAACACUCAAAGCAACGCAAGAAACAAAAGUCCAUGAAGUCAUUGCCCAGGCUCUAGGGUGGGCCGAAAAGCCCUUGGAGGAUAUCGCUCUGUACGCAUUGAUCGAGGACGUGCAAGAGAAUUGGGAGGAGUACCCAGGGGAAUCCAAGCUGGAGAGCCGGUCCGAGGAACGCACCUUAGAGAUGGACGAGAGGAUCCUGGAGGUACAGGCUGGCUGGUCUGGGAAGGGAAGGUUCAUCCUCAAACAGAUCACAGAGCUGCAGCAGGACCCGUCUUACUGUCACCACUCACCGAGUCACUACCCACCAGGUCACCACUCACCCAGCCACCUCAAUCACCUCAAUCAUCUCAAUCACCUCAAGACGUCUAGUCUGCGAUCACCGAGGUUCCCCAGGAACCACAGGAGACAUCGCUCAGACGAAUGUGCAGCCCUGGACGCAAGCAGCGCUGAAAAGACCUUUCUGGUCUGGGUUUACAAUGUGUCCCAGGAGCAACCCUACACUGUAUUCAGAGCGUUGGUCGCCAGCACAGCACAGGAUAUCAUAGCUCAGGCGAUGGCCAAAGCCCACCGGCUGGACGCAGACCCCAGCAACUAUGUCCUGACGGAAGAGGUCUACAAGGACUGGAAGGGCUCGGAGAAGAAGGACAUCCAGGAGAAAGUUACAAGCCGCGUCCUGGAGGACACAGAGAGGGUCUUUGAUGUGCAGAAUCAGUGGAAGACACCCGGCAGGUUCACCUUGAGGGAGAGAGAUGAGUCUGCUGUGUCUCAGUACCUGCCCAACGUCAAGGCAGCCGUGAGCAGCGUAGUCGGAGGCAGCGGCAAGAAGUCCGGCUUCAAACGCCUGACCAGCAUGAAGAACCGGAAGGCUGGCAAAGAAUCGAAGGAGAGAGACGGCUCGCUACUCAGCAUAUCUAGUGCAGCCAAGAAGUCCUCCACCCUCCCGCGAGACUUCAAGGCCGAAGAUUUCAAGGCGGAGUUUGAGAAGAUGGAGGAGGCGGACAAGAGUUCGUCCCGCUCCUCCAAGAGCAAGCUACUGUCCUCCAGGAGCAAUCUGGUGGGCAAGCUGAAACGAUGGAAGACAGAGAGCUCAUAGAGUCAAGAGAACACUGCCAUGUAGUACGGACCUUUGUUCAAGACCUCAUGCAAUUUUGUGGUAAAUGAAGAAAUUUGGGGGCUAAUCAUCCUUACUCGCAGCAGAAGCUGAAUUGCAAAGGACGCAGCUACA